AUGGCGAAUUGGACCACCCUACGAUACCACCUUACACUGAAAACCAAGAGAACUAAUCUCUACUAUAUGGCCUUGGUCACCAUCCUAUGCUCUAUAUCCUAUCUCAUCGGUAUAUGGCAACACGGCGGCGUAACGGCCCGCACCACCUCCGCCGCCACCAUCCUCCCCACUCUCCCUUGCAACUCCAUAAAAAACACCACCACCCAUCUGUCCAAAGACUCCAAACCCCUCGACUUCAAGGCCCACCACAACGCCGAAGACCUCGUCCCACUCUCUCCUGUGGCGCGUGAUGAACAGUUCCCACCAUGUAACCCAAAAUUCUCCGAAUGCACCCCAUGCGAAGACGUCGAAAGAUCGUUGAAGUUCGAUAGAAACAUGUUGAUAUACAGAGAGAGACACUGCCCAGAAAAGAAUGAGUUGAUGAAGUGUAGAGUUCCGGCUCCGUUUGGUUAUACGACGCCUUUCCGGUGGCCGGAGAGCCGUGACUCGGUAUGGUACGCUAACGUUCCUCAUAAACAUUUGACUGUGGAAAAAGCCGGUCAGAACUGGGUCCGGUUCGAGGGGGACCGGUUCAGGUUCCCGGGUGGUGGGACCAUGUUCCCUCGCGGUGCUGAUGCGUACAUCGAUGAUAUUGGAAAGUUGAUCAAUCUCAGAGAUGGGUCAAUAAGAACCGCCAUUGAUACUGGCUGUGGGGUUGCAAGUUGGGGUGCUUACCUUUUGUCUAGAAACAUCCUAACAAUGUCAUUUGCUCCAAGAGACACCCAUGAAGCACAAGUACAGUUUGCUCUUGAACGAGGAGUUCCGGCAUUGAUUGGUGUUCUAGCUUCCAUUAGGUUGCCUUACCCUUCAAGAGCAUUCGACAUGGCUCAUUGUUCUCGAUGCCUCAUUCCUUGGGGCCAAUAUGAUGGGCUUUAUUUGAUUGAAGUUGAUCGGAUUUUACGUCCUGGAGGGUAUUGGAUUCUAUCAGGGCCACCUAUAAACUGGGAGAGACACUGGAAAGGUUGGAACAGAACACGCGAAGAACUGAAAGCAGAACAGUUUGUAAUUGAGAGCAUAGCGCGAAGCCUAUGCUGGAAGAAACUGGCACAGAAGGAGGAUAUUGCAAUUUGGCAGAAGCCCACUAAUCAUUUUCACUGUAAAAUCAACCGGAAAGUGUUCAAAAAACCUCGCUUCUGUGAUUCACGGGAUCCAGACAAGGCAUGGUACACAAAGAUGGAGACUUGUCUAACUCCUAUGCCUGAAGUUUCCGAUAUUAAAGAAACUGCGGGGGGGCAGCUAGCAAACUGGCCAGAGAGAAUGACUGCAAUCCCUCCAAGGAUUAUGAGUGGAAGUGUCAUGGGAAUUACAGCAGAAACCUUCAAAAAAGAUGCAGAGUUAUGGAAGAAACGAGUAUCGCACUACAAAGCUUUGGACUAUCAGCUAGCCGAGGCAGGAAGGUACAGGAAUGUGCUCGAUAUGAAUUCUUACUUGGGAGGAUUUGCAGCUGCACUUGUUGAUGAUCCAGUCUGGGUUAUGAACAUCGUCCCUGUCGAGGCAAAGGUUGAUUCUCUUGGAGUCAUAUACGAACGUGGAUUGAUUGGGACUUAUCAAAACUGGUGUGAGGCCAUGUCUACUUACCCAAGAACUUAUGACUUCAUUCAUGCUGAUUCUAUUUUCACCCUCUACAAGGACAGAUGUGAAAUCAAAGAUAUUCUGUUGGAAAUGGAUCGAACAUUACGACCACAAGGAAGUGUGAUCAUACGAGACGAUGUUGAUGUCUUGUUGAGUGUCAAGAGCAUUGUAGGUGGACUUCAAUGGGAAAGCAGAAUGGUCGAUCAUGAAGCUAGUCCGCAUGCCAGGGAGAAGAUUCUUAUUGCAACCAAGCAGUACUGGACAGCCCCAGCUGCUCAAGGGUCUGAAUCAGCUUCAUAGCACUAAUGUCUCACUUAGAUUUUUUGCAAUGUUUGUGUUAAU